AUGGCCACCGUCUACACGGUGUUCAAUGGCAUCUUCGUCCAAGUGGGCUAUGAACACCAUGCCGAAGCCCGCAUAGCCAGCCUCCCCGCCUUCCUGGCCAUGCCCUUCAACUUUAACUUGGCCUGCGUCCUCCUGGGGGUGUACUGGCUACAGAGAAAUGCUAGGGCCCCAGGACGCCCCAUGGAGGUGCAGAGGGCUCGCUACCUGAAGGAUGUCUUUGCUGGCAUGGCCCUGGUCUAUGGCCUGGUUCGGUGGCUGCGGAUUGCGACGCAGUUGCUUGACCAGUGGCUCACCUUGCCCAUCUUUGCAUGGCUGGUGGCCUGGCGCCUCUCCCUAGACGGGUCGGGGUUGUUCCUUGCCAUCAGGUGUCUCUCCCUGGGCAGUUACGGCCUCGCCCUGCUGCACCCCUGUGGGUUUGAGGUUGCGCUGGGCGCCCACAUCGCAGCUGCCGUGGGCCAGGCCCUUGCCCAUAGGCGCUACGGCACUGUCUCCUCGGGAGUCUCCUUGGCUCCGGGCGUGCUCUCCUGCUUGGGCUGUGUGGGCCUCGAGCUGUGUGACCAUCAGCUCGCGCGGUGGCAUCUCUUCCAGUGGCUCAAAGCCUGUGAUGUGCUCCAGUUCCACUUUGCAUUCUUGUUCCUGACAAAUUUAAACACUUGCCGAAGCCCUCCUCCUGAGGGGAAGGUACAUUAAAGUGUGGAAAGAAAAAACUUAAAAAAAGAAGAAGAAACGGGGCGCCCGGCUGGCUCAGUCAGAAGAGCAUGCGACUCUUGAUCUCUGGGUUGUGAGUUCGAGUCCCAUGUGGAGUGUAGAGAUUACUUAAAUAAAGAAAACAACACUUAAAUAAAGAAAACCAAAAUGUGGAAAGAAGCUGACCACUGACCACCCCCACCCCCCUGCAGCUGUCAUUGGUGUUAAACUUCCCGGAUGUGAGACGAUACGAGGAUUACAUGGAAGACCGUCCCUUCCCUCGAAGUUGUGGGCGUCAAGAUUUAGAGGUGAAAUGUUAUGCUGUCUGCAACUUACUUUCAAAGAGACUUACUUCAAGACACUGUCACGGAACAUCCCCCGCAUUUAACCGACUGAGCCACCCAGGCACCCCAGAAGGGCAUCUGUUCUUGAAAGACAAAGGUGAAGGCAGAGUUAAAGAGGGCACUGUCUCUGCCAAAUGACAUCUCAGGAUGGGCUGCCCACGUGUGCCUGCUCAGUGUCCCCCAAGGCCCCUCUCCCUGGAGCCUGCAGGUUGGCAUGUGGACCAUUGCUAUGACUGCUGACUGUUGAGAUGCUUUUGAAACUGGGUACCUGUGCUGGAUGUUCUGUCCCACCCGGGCACCUCUCAAGUGGGUGGUGGAUCUGAACCAUGAACCAAGCCAUCACCUGAAGAAGCCCGCAGCUGAGAGCCAGUGAGCCUUGCCUCUGCUGGGGCAGUGGGCAGCCAACCUCUAACCCUCCCACAAGGCCCGGGCAAAUGGUGUGGCCUGGCUCAGCGUUGGGGGCCCGGAGGCAGGGCAUGCCAGUGGGUGAAGAGCAGGGUGGCGUUUGCUUGGGGAAACAGCUUUGUUCCAUGACAGUGUCUUGAAGGCUCUAUAUGCCUUAGAAGAGGAAAAAGGCUAUGGGUGUCUCUAGGGAGGCCACCCUUACCUCAGAGAGGUCAGCGGGAGGGAGGGGAGGAUGUGCGUCCUUGGGUGGCUCAGGUAGGGAUGAGGAUGGGAGGGUGGGGGCAGAGGGGACCAGGGUCUUAUAUGGGGUGGGUUCUUCACCUAGUAUCUGAGUGGUUCCUCCCCCCAGUUUUGCUGUUUUUCUCUUAGUAGCUGUUUGCCUCAUGGAGAAUGGCUGGGGUCUGCACGGCCUUGUUCAUUCCACACCUUUGAGCAAUAACUUCUCAUUGGAUUUCAUUUCAUUUUUACCAAUGCUUAAUAAAUAAGCCUGAGAACCUUCUGGUUUUUAUGCCACUCCUGCACAGGAAACAGGUGGCGUGCUCACAUUCGGGUGACUCAGGACAGUUUCAUGGAGAACUAGGCACACCACUGUGGGGGUGGGGGACCGCAGGGGGCCCUUUACCACGCCGGGACCCGGGGAGACACGGGGCAGAGCAGAGACCUCCAGAAGCCCAACCCGCUCUGUCCUGCCUGUCUCCCAUCCAAGGUUGUCAGAUAAAAUGUAGCACUACAAAUGAUGUUUUAGGCCCGGCGUGUCCCAAAUAUCACAUGAGAUGUGCUUAUUCUAAGAAAUUGUUGCACUGUUUAUCUUAAAUUCAGAUUUAACUGGGUGUCCUGUCUAUUUGCUAAAUCAUCUAACUCCUCUAAAGCCAGAGGCCUGGAACCUUCUCUUCUCGCUGCCCCCAUGCGGCUUCCUGCAUCCCCUCCAGCCGUGGUGAGCCCCAGGUUCUGGGGCCGGCAUCGCAGAGUGCCUCAGCCCGGCAAUGUUUGAGCCAGGAGAGGAAGAAGGCUGGUGGCUGUGUCUGCUCUGUUUCUCCAUCUUACCGCUGCAAGGCUGAGAGGCCAGUGGUUACCAGAGGGGCCCUCUCCCUGCUUUUGGCCUAAACGGUCUAGAGGUCCCAAAGCUGGGAGGGCUCUCCGAAACCAUCUGCCCCAACCCCCUCAUUUCACAGAAACGAAAACUCCAGAAGUCCCACUUGGCUGACAGUUGCAGCAGAAACCCGGCAUCCCACCCCCCUGCCCAAAGUCCUGCCCACUGCGUGGCUCUACCUCUCCCUGACGUCUCAGCCUCUCUUCCUUGCUUUCCCAUAACCACAGCCUGGGGAUGUGCCCCCAGUGAAAACAGUUGGGUUGGUUUUGCUGAUUGUUGAGGUGACACUGGCUCGUUGGGCUGGGGUGGUGGUGGGGGUGGGGGCGGACAACGAGCCACCUGAGAGGCCUGUCAGGAUUCUGGUGGCCCUGUCACGGGACACGCAACUCUGUGCACUUGCAUCUUCUGUCCUUGGCGGGGGGCUGAUCUGGGCUCCUUCACCCUGUCCUCAUCCAGGCGCUGAUUCCUUCCCAGCUUUCACCGGCUGCACGCACCAGAAAGGUGUGACACGCUUUUCCACUUUGUGUGAAGGACACUGUGUGUGGUGCUCAUGCAUUUGUUCUUCCUCAUUCUUUUUUUUAAAUUUUAUUUAUUUGAGAGAGAGAGAGAGCGCACACACACAUGAGCAGGGGGAGUGGGAGAGGGAGAAGCGGGCUUCCCGCUGAGCAGGGAACCCGAUGCGGGGCUUGAUCCCAGGACCCUGGGACCAUGACCUGAGCCGAAGGCAGACGCUUAACGACUGAGCCACCCAGGCGCCCCACGUUCUUCCUCAUUCUUGACCUUUUUCCUUCUUUUUUUUUUUUUUUUAAGAUUUUAUUUAUUUAUUUGACAGAGAAAGACACAGCGAGAGAGGGAACACAAGCAAGGGGAGUGGGAGAGGGAGAAGCAGACUCCCCGCCGAGCAGGCAGCCCGAUGCGGGACUCGAUCCCGGGACUCCAGGAUCAUGACCUGAGCCGAAGGCAGUCGCUUAACCAACUGAGCCACCCAGGCGCCCCUGUCUUUUUCCUUCUUAAUUUGUAGGAACUCUGUUUUAUAUUAUAAAGAUUAACCAUUCAUCUGGCAUACAGAUGAUAAGUAUUUUUUUUUAAUCUAUCAUUUGUGUUUUGACUUUGUGGAUAUUUGAAAGUAACAUGGUUGAAGAUUUACAUGGUCCCGUAUCUCUCUAUGUCUCUCUUUUUCUACAUAGCUUUUGGGUUUCUGCUCUUAAGACAUUUUUUCAGAUCCCUAGAUUAUGCUUGUCUAUUCAUCAGAUAGCUUUGUCAAAUCUUAACAUCUCUAUAGCUGCUUCAGAUCUUUUCACUAUAAAAUUUUCAUUAUAAAAUUAUUAAAAAUAGGGGCGCCUGUCUGGCUCCAUUGGUGGAGCAGGCGACUCUUGAUCUCAAUCAGGGUCGUCAGUUCAAGCCCCACGUUGGGUGUAGCGAUUCCUUUAAAAAAUUAUUGAAAACAGGGA